AUGAUGGUUAUGUAUUUGCAAAUGUUUAGAAAUUUUGCUACAGGCCUUUUCGGUUUUUCCAGGAUUUUUUCGAGCGGGAUUACUCCUGGACUCGUGGGGAUGUGCACAGCACAGCCACCUAUAUCUUCCGUAGCUGGAUCCGGUAACGAAGACACAGCAGGCCUGGUGAGUAGUGUGAAUGCUGCUCCCAGUAAUGCAGAUAUAGACUCCCCUGCAAAUCCGGAUAUGGCGAUUGCUGAAGGAAGUGGCAACGUAGACCGGGAAAGCGAGGAUUGGACAGAUGGUGCUCACCAAGAUAAUGCAGAAAAUGAAAUCUGUAUGUCGCGAGCAGCAAAACUUGCGCCCUCUGGAUAUGCAGAUUGUUUGCACCGUGGAAUUUUGGCACUGGCGAGUAAUACCCUCUUCCUGCGAAAUUGCUGCAAUCACUUCAUUGAUUUUCACGAUAUACCGGCAAACCUUCUUGCAGAAAUAAAGGAUGAAAACUUUGUUUACGAGAGGAUGUCUAACAGAGAGUUGUGUAGUUCGAUUUUGGAUGACAUUGAAGAAGCUCGCCGUUACAUCAAUGAGUUCCAAAGGUCUAUUGCGACUAAUUUCAGUUUUCAACCCUUGAAAGAUGUCGUCCCUCAAGAUGUUUUAAAUUUAGAACCGCUUUUUUCUUUCAUCACCGAGUGCCACGUCGCACCAAGUAAGCAGGCGAUAAGUCAAGUUUUAAGUGAAUUUGAAGCGGAAGCGGAAACUACCCACAUUAAAGCGAUAGAUGAGUCGUAUCCUAAGAUGUUACUGCUUUAUUUGAGUUAUGUCGAGCGUUAUGUCAAGGAGCUGAGCGAUAAAGCAAGAGAGUUGUGGAAUAAUCAGGAUUUCGUGAAAAUAUUGCCAGAAGUGGUAAAGAAAAGUGAUAGUGGCAAAGCAAAAGGACAAACAAGCCAUAAGAUGUCCAAAAUCGCUGAAGACGCAAGAAAAAAAGAAUUGGAAGGCAGUAAACAGAAAAAAGAAGCAUUAAGCACUAAACCAUCGGCCAACUCCGAGAGAGACGGGCUUGAGGAACAAAAAUCAAAUCCGAACGAGAAUGCAGCCAAUAUCACAAGAUCAACACAAGUUGUGCCGAACAAUUCUGUUCCAAGUACGCAUGCUAAGGGUGAAAAAGAUGAAGUUGCUGAGGUUGGCCAGUCUAAAGCCUCUAUGCAGGACAAGAGUGCAGCUAAAACAAAGAAGCUGCUCGCCAGACUAAGCAAUAGCAAGACAGAAAGGCAGAAUCGUGAGGAGUUUUGGGAAGAGCUGAAUGAUAAACUUCGUAGAACAAAAAAAAAAAAUCGAAGAAUCCGAAGCAUUGAAUAGGUCCCGGUCAAAUAAUCAAGGAAUUGAAGACGCAAACGCUUCGAAAGUACCGGCAAAUAGCAACGGUGACAAUAGGCAGGAUUCGGAUUCGAACGAAGAAUUUCAUUCGACCACUGAAAGCUUUGGAACAAGUGAUAAACAUGGCACUGCAGAAAAUGAUCAAUCACGUCAACCGGUUGUGCAAGAUACAUCUGAUGCUGCGAAGUCCCCAAGACCGGAUAAUAGCUUGCCUGUCAAGAACGAGAGAAGACUACCACCAUUGGGUAGUUUUGCCAUCAAUAAAACUGAGGAGCAACAAAAUAAGCCUUUGAAAACGACAAGCGACGAGCCGCAUGAUAGAUCCCUCGCGCUUAUGCCUGUCUAUGCCGACAAAGCUCGAAGUGAUGUACCCAAAGAUGAGCACAAUUACCAUCGGCCAACUGGCAAUGGCAGGCAGCAAGAUCGGAGCAGAGCCGUUAAAAAUGAUACUGCGAAAAAUGAAUCAUCAAAAGCUGAUGGUAAUAAAUCUCCACAAGCUGACAAUCCAAAAAAGGACUUAAAACCCUCCUCCAAAAGAAAUUAUGGGCUCGUUGUGUUCUUUGUUGUGGGUUGUGCCAUUUGCCUAGCAGUCGG